AAGAACAAACGAAUACCAUGAAAAAUCAAUACGCUAAAGAUCAUUUAGUUUUAAAAGUCUAUCGUGGCAUUAAAAAAAUUGUUAAAAAAAAGAAGCCUCAUUGUCAAAGACAAGGAUGUCCUAAUCGUUGUUCCGGACGAAAGGAUAUUUAUUGUACAGCUUGCGUCCAAUAUCCUUAUCUAACCGUUAAUCAGACUCCUACUCCGCCUUCUGUGAACGUUAAUCAGACUCCUCCUCCGCCUUCUGUGAACGUUAAUCAGACUCCUUCUCAACCUUCUGUUACUGUUAAUCAGACUCCUCCACCACCUCCUGUGACUGUUAAUCAGACUCCUCAACCUCCUGUAACUGUUAAUCAGACUUUAUCACCACCUUCCGUGACUGGUAAUCAGACUCCAGCAUAUCCUCCCGUAACCGUUAAUAAGACUGCGUCUCCGCCUGUGACUAUUAAUAAGACAUCAUCUUCACCUCUUGUAGUUGUUAAUCAGACACCAUCUCCUCCUCCUGUGUCUGUUAAUCAGACAGUUCUUCCUCCACCUAGCAAACCAACCUCUGAUCCAGUGAUUUAUAAGACCGAAAUGAAGUUAUUAAACCCAACUGAUUCAGAAUAUAUUGAUGUUCUUAAUUCCUUCCGUGUGGGACUUCCCAAUAAUACUAUUUUGGGAAUAUUUAAAUUAAACAUCCCAACUAAUCUCGUAGAAGCUCAUGAACAAUACAGAAGAAACAAUCCAACAAUGGCAAAUAUUAGAGGAUUUCAUGGAACUAAAUCUGUUUGCGGUCCUAAACGUUUCAUUACAAAUCCAAAAGCUGCAUUUUGUAGAUCUGGUUGUGGUGCAUGUGGCAUUGCACAAAACGGAAACAAAAUUCAAUUCUCCGGUGAUAAACGUGAGUAA